AUGAGCUCAAUGAUGGAAACUCUCCAGAUUCGUAAACCGGCUUCUCUCCCCGUUUCUCAACGCCCUACUUCCUCCGCCUCCGCAGCCUCCACCGACGAUGAGCCUGGGCUCAUCCGCCGUCGUCUCUCAUCUCUCUCCCUCAAUCUCUCAAGCCAGCCAGCGGCGAUCGCAGCUCGAUUCCCGAGAUCCAAAUCGGUUUCCGCCAUGGGAGAGCAAGCAGGGAGCUCUGUUAAAGAAUGGUGGGAAUGGGGUUGGUCGUGGAUCCUCUCGAGGAAACCGAUUUUCAUCAGAGACCUCGAGCUUAACAAAGACGAAGCGAAAUCGAUUGGCUCUCAGAACAGAGGAAGUAUAAUGCACGUCUUCGUCAAGCUCCGAUCUCAGAUCCGCAGUCUCAUGGAUCCUUCUUCCGAUACUCUUCCUCUCUCCUGCAAAUCCAAGCGCCAACGAUAA